CUCGCCGGGGCCUGUCCAUGGCCCAGUCCCGGAGUCCAACCCCGGCGCCCGACGGGCUGGACCGCGGAGCCGCUCAGUAACCGGUGGCCAGCGACAUCCAUGUGUCACUGAUCAGCAGGAGGCAUUCCCCGCCACAGCGCUUCAUGACACAGCGGAGGCGUCCGGCCCACUGAAGCCUCCUGUGUCCAGCAUGGCCGCGCUGCUCCUGGGCGCGGUGCUGUUGGUGUCCCAGCCGCAGGUAGUGCCUUCUCUCCCCGCUGGCCCCGAGGCUCCCAGGCAGUCCGGCCUGCAGGAGCAGAUGCGCAUGGCGGCCCUGUUGUCGGAAGGCCUGGUGCCUGAGGGUGCGCCCCACAAUGGCUCGGUGCGGCAGCUGCCGCAGACCAUCAUUAUCGGGGUGCGCAAGGGGGGCACGCGGGCGCUGCUGGAGAUGCUCAGCCUGCACCCCGACGUGGCAGCCGCUGAGAACGAGGUGCACUUCUUCGACUGGGAGGAGCAUUACAGCCACGGGCUGGGCUGGUACCUGAGCCAGAUGCCGCUGUCGUGGCCGCACCAGCUGACGGUGGAGAAGACCCCUGCCUACUUCACGUCGCCCAAAGUGCCUGCCCGGGUCCACAGCAUGAACCCCGGCAUCCGGCUGCUGCUCAUCCUGCGGGACCCGUCGGAGCGCGUGCUGUCCGACUACACCCAAGUGUUGUACAACCACCUGCAGAAGCGCAAACCCUACCCGGCCAUCGAAGAGGUCCUGGUGCGCGACGGCCGCCUCAACGUGGACUACAAGGCUCUCAACCGCAGCCUUUACCACGUGCACCUGCAGAACUGGCUGCGCUUCUUCCCGCUGGGUCACAUCCACAUCGUCGAUGGCGACCAGCUCAUCAGGGACCCCUUCCCCGAGAUCCAGAAGGUGGAGAGGUUCCUGAAACUGGCCCCGCAGAUCCACGCCUCGAACUUCUACUUCAACAAAACCAAGGGCUUUUACUGCCUGCGGGACAGCGGCCGGGACCGCUGCUUGCACGAGUCCAAAGGCCGGGCGCAUCCGCACGUGGACCCAAAACUGCUCAACAAACUGCAGGAGUAUUUCCAUGAGCCGAAUCAGAAAUUCUUCGAGCUGGUGGGCAGAACAUUUGACUGGCACUAACUGGCUGUCUGCCAGUCUGGGGACCUUUCCUCUUGUAAGUUUGGGUGUCUGUGGAGAGGUGGUGAAGAAGAGAGAGUUUUAAAGGGGCAUUGAAGCUAUAAUUUAUUUGUAAAAUCCAUAAAUUCCUUCUGUACAGUAUUAGAUUCACAAUUGCCAUAUAUACUAGUUCUAUUUUUCUACUUGUUCAAUGGAGGGCAUUUUGUAUUGUUUUUCAUGGUUGUUAACAGUGUGUAAUCCGUCUCUAUAUGAAGGAGCUAAAUCUUUCCCUGGAAAAACAAAGGAGGAGCUAGAAGGAACAAAAAAAAAGGAUUUUUUUCUGGA